GAAAGAGCGGCGUCUUCCGAAGUAGCCUACUGACGCAACUUCCUUUCUGUCUGUGCUAACUCGGGUGAAUACGCGUUCUCUUGCUUCGCUCAAGAUGCGUUACGUGGCUGCUUACCUGCUCGCUGCCCUCGGCGGCAAUGAGAACCCCGAAGCUGCUGACAUCAAGAAGAUCCUCAGCAGUGUUGGCAUUGAGGCCGAUGACACUCGCCUCAACAAGGUUAUCUCUGAGUUGAAGGGCAAGAAUGUGAGCGAUGUGAUCGCUACAGGUUACAGUAAAUUGGCCAGCAUGCCAGCAGGUGGCGCUGUCGCCGUUGCCAGCUCCGGAGGCCCAAGCACAGGUGGUGCCGCAGCCCCUGCCGCAGAGGAGAAGAAGGAAGAGAAGAAAGAGGAGUCGGAGGAGUCGGACGACGACAUGGGAUUCGGCUUGUUCGACUAAAAUUUUUCAAUUCAAUAAAAAAUUGUCAAAAAACA